CGCCGAGAUGCUUUUUCGAGUCGCAUUUUGAGACGAACGGCCGGAGACGUCGGCGGACGCUAUUCCCGCAACAGAAAAGUUUGCGGUAGCCUCGGAGCCUCGGCUCCUGGAAUGCGGAAGGCUAGGGGCCCGUCUGUCUCUCUCUCCCCUUCCUGCGGGGGACGAACCGCAGGUAGCAAGAAGGUUGGCGAUGGGUUGGCAUCAGUGAAGGAGACAUCAGGUCGGAAUGGAGAUAAAUAGACGUCGAGCCUCACGGCGACUUCACAUUUCCCUUCCAGCUCACCACCCAGCCUCGAGAUCCAUUGGAGAGCCGCCGGUUUCUGCUCCGCCCAAUCGUGUCGUCGUGUAAGCCAUCGCAUCAACGCCCGAACCACCGCAAACAUGAAGCUCCUCCAGCUCCUCGCCGCCGCCGGCCUUGCUGCCGCUCUGCCGACCGCCCCCGUAGAGGCUGAGGCUAUUGCCGAGCUCCAAGCCCGCCAAAUCCUCUCUUCGACCCGCAACGACCUCGAGAGCGGCAGCUCCUCCAACUGCCCCAAAGUCAUCCUGAUCUUUGCUCGUGGUUCGACCGAGGUCGGCAACAUGGGCACCGUGACUGGUCCCCCCUUGGCCUCCGCCUUGGAGCGGGAGUACCGCAACGACAUUUGGGUCCAAGGCGUCGGCGGAGCGUAUGGCGCCACGCUCGCCGACAACUUCCUGCCAGGCGGCACAUCCCAGGCGGCGAUUCGCGAAGCUACCCGGCUCUUCACCUUGGCCAACACCAAGUGCCCGAAUGCGUCCGUGGUCGCAGGCGGGUACAGUCAGGGCGCAGCGCUCAUGGCUGGCACAGUCAGCAAGCUGUCGUCGACGAUCCAGAACCAGGUCAAGGGCGUCGUCCUGUUCGGGUACACCCAGAACCUGCAGAACAAGGGCCAGAUCCCCAACUACCCCGCCGACAAGACCAAGGUGUUCUGCAACGUGGGCGACACCGUCUGCACCGGCACCCUGAUCAUCAUGCCUGCGCACCUCCUGUACACGAGUGAGGCGUCGACCGAUGCGCCUCGAUUCCUCAUUAGCAAGGUUGGUAGCGCUUGAGGCGUGUGGCCGGAGUGGGGAUGGUGAUGAUGGACAAGAGGCUGGAACUCGGCAUGGGGGUGUGGGCGAUGAAACGAGGCGCUGCGCUGGUGCAGUUGAUGAGUCACGCGGACGGCCUGGUGUCGCCGCCAAGAUGAGGACGAUGAUGAUUCCAAUUCUUUUCACGACACGUUUAGCUGUGUUCUCUUGUAAAUAGUUUCCUUGCAACCUGAAUAUACUCUGCCCAUGGGUCAAAACAACAGGCUGGUACGGUGGCAUCGCUGUGGGGAAGAACAUGUGGUUGUAGUGUACCAAUGGAGUAUGGACUCGCAUGGGAUGGGGACACUGAUGUCAAAGUGCCACGGCGCGGGCAGAACAGGUUCACUGGGGUGAACAAGACUGACGAACACUUUGCCCACC